GAACGCUGGCGGCUUUGAAUGGCGGCGGCAGCGGGACUCACGCUGCAGGGACUAUGAGGGCAGGCGGCGGCGGGGAGCAGCAGGCGCUGCUCAGGCAGGUUUUGGGUUGGAGAGUGGCUGCUAGUAUUGCCUGGUCAGUACUACUGCUACCUCUGUGUACGGCAGUCUUCAUAAGUAUUAGCAGCAUUGACUUGUUUCAUCCUAUACAAUGGAUUUCAAAUUCAUUCAACGAUUGGUAUACUUCCUAUGUCAUCUUUUGUAUCCUUCUUAUGUCAAUGGUGAUACUGAUAAUAAGCAUCUUCAAUGUCGAAUUUUAUGCAGUUGUGCCUUCUAUUCCCUGCUCUCGAUUAGCACUGUUAGGAAAGAUUAUUCACCCACGGCAAGUUAUCCAUUCAGUUGUUCAUGCUAUAAUGGGAAUGCUGGUGGCAUGGUGUGCUGCAGUUAUGACUAAGGGGAAGUUCCAGUUCCUUGCUCUACCCUGCACAGCUUCAGAAAGCUUAGAUGGUGCUGUUCAACACAUGUGCCUAAAUGAGUAUCACCUCUUCCUCCUGCUGUCUGGAGCUCUCAUGGGCUACAAUUAUAGUCUCUUGUACCUUGUUAACAAUAUGAACUAUUUGCCAUUUCCAGUCAUACAGCAAUACAAGUACUUACGUUUCAGAAGAUCUUUGCCUCUGCUGGUUAAACGUAGUUGUGUGGAAUCACUGUACUUGGUUAGAAACGUCUGUGUUGCAUAUUAUUUUUUUGGUUACAUUCCAAGAGCAUGGAUAGGUACCACAAUGAACCUUAAUACAGAUAGUAAACUUCAUCCUCUUGACACACUUACUGGGCUUCUGGAUCUAUCCUUGCUCUACCAUACCUGGUUAUGUGGUAUAUUUCUUCUGAUUACUUGGCACAUUGCAUGGUUACUCUUCAAAAUCUAUGCUACAGAGGCACAUCAUUUUCCUGUUCAACCAACUUUCGCUGAGGAAACAGACCAAUGCCUGCCUAAAAUCUUAAACAGCAACCCUCCCCUUAUUAUAAAGUUCUUGGCCUUACAGGACUUGAUGUUACUUUCCCAGUAUUCUCCUGUGCGACGACAAGAGGUCUUCAGCCUCAGUCAGCCAGGUGGGCAUCCUCACAAUUGGACAGCAAUAUCAAAGGAGUGCUUGGAUCUUUUGAGUGACUUGACACAGAAGCUGAUUAUGCAGCAGGAAGCUGCAGCUACAAAUGGGAGAGUGAAACAGCCAUCUACAGGAGAAUUGGGAAGAUCUUUGAGCUCUUCAGAAGCAGCUGUUACGGAAGAAAUGGCCUUCCAGCCACAGAGGUCUAAUGUCGUUUCUAGAGCCCACAUGCCUUCCCUGGUUAAAUCAUCCCUCUUGCCUUUAAAGGCAUUGUCUACAUCUGAUCUUGGAAGCUCUUUUGGUUCACCUUUCAGUUCUCCUGCUCUAAAUCGCAAGGCUGGGAUUCUGGAUUUAAACUCUCCUUGGCAUGGAUCAGUCCAAAGUCCUCAUGUUAUGAGAAGAGGACCAAAGCUGUGGACAUCAAGUUCAGAUCUGCAAAUGAAUGGCUCUUAUCAAGCGUCCUUCCCUGUGAUCUCUGUUGCAAGAGUUGGUAAUGAAGCAAUACAGCCAAGCUUUAUUUAUAUGUGGCUCCAGAACAAGCAAGAGCAGGUUAGGAGUUUCUUGUCAAAACGAGUGCUGAUAAUGUAUUUCUUCAGCAAGCAUCCAGAGGCCUCGAUCCAGGCUGUCUUUUCUGAUGCCCAAAUGCACAUUUGGGCAUUAGAAGGUCUAUCCCGUUUGGUUGCGGCCUCAUUUACUGAAGACCGAUUUGGAGUUGUCCAAACUACACUGCCAGCUAUUCUGAAUACCUUACUGACUCUUCAGGAGGUUGUAGAUAAGCAUUUCAAGCUGCCUCAUGCUUCUAGCAAACCUCCCAGGAUUUCGGGAAGUCUGAUGGAUACCUCCUACAAAACGCUACGAUUUGCGCUUAGAGCAUCCCUGAAAACUGCGAUAUACCGGAUCACUACUACUUUUGGAGAACAUCUAAAUGCAGUUCACGUGUCUGCAGAGCAUAAGAAAAGACUUCAGCAGUUCUUGGAGUUCAAAGAAUAGUUAAGUAAAUUAAAUCGGUUACGUUGCUGAUACUGCUUCAGAUGGACAGUACAUGUUUAGCAUUCUUGAACUGGAAGAAAGUGGGUCUUCCUAUCUUGUUUGGUGGCCUUUUCAAAAAGUGUAUUUUAAAUGUAAAUCAUGGAGUGCAACUCUUAGCAGAAUUACAAAAAACUUCUGUUUGGAUCACUUUACUUGAUCUUUUGUAUAAUAAAACUCU